UUAUUGUCAAACAAAUCCACUUCAGUCAUGAGUCAACCACCCGUAUAAGUGGCAACUCAAUAAUUUACACUUUUCCCAUUGAAAUUUUAAUUGCACAUGAACAUAAAAUACUAAAAAAUGCAACUCCUCCUCCCCAUAACAGCUUCGACUCUUAUAUUUUCAUCAUAUUUGCUAAUAACUUCAUACUCAAACCCUCCUCUUCCAGCGGCCAUACGACGAAUCCCACCACAAAUUCGCCUAAAUCAAGAAGGGAGACUGAAAAUUGUAAUUUUUGCUGAUUUACACUAUGGCGAGGAACCAUCUACCAUCUGGGGUCCUAUUCAAGACAUAAGAUCAACCAAUUUAACAGGCAGAAUUUUGGACUGGGAAACCCCACAACUUGUCAUUUUCACGGGGGAUCAACUAACUGCUGAAAAUAUGUAUCCUAAUGCUUCAGUCUACGUUGACAUGUUGGUGGGGCCUUUGGUUACAAGGGGUUACCGGUGGGCAUCAACCUACGGAAAUCAUGACAUCGGUCCGAAUGUAACACGACUAGAAAUCCUUCGAGCAGAGCAAAAAUAUGCGAAUAGUUAUACGCAACAAAUGACCGAUUCGUCAAUUCCGGGGGUCACGAAUUAUUACCUCCUAAUUUACUCGGUAGCUCAGCAACCAGUCAUGAUUUUCUGGUUCCUUGAUUCCCAAGGAGGUAGAAAUGGCGAUGGACAGCAGCCUGAAUAUAUCGAUGCGAAAGUUGUGGAUUGGUUUAUUGAAGAAAACGCCAGAUUAAAAGAACAGUUUGGACCUUUGCCGUCGCUUGUAUUUUUCCAUAUUCCUACCGAAGAAUUUAUACAAAUUCAAGAAAAUAUCCAUAUAAAUCCAGUUUGCAGUGGACUCGUGGAUGAUGACGUAACACCGCAACACCCGAAUAAUACCGGAAUUAUGGACGCACUCUCAAAUGCGGGUGGAGUUCAGGCAGUAUACGUGGGUCAUGACCAUGGAAAUGGAUGGUGUUGCUUUUACAAGGAAAUUCAAGUCUGUUACGGAAGGCACACGGGAUUUGGAGGGUACGGAAGUUGGGUUCGUGGGGCUCGGGUUGUAAAUUUGGUAUUGAACAGUGACAAUUCCGUCAUUCUUAAUGGGAGUUAUGUCAGAUUAGAAACGGGUGCAAUUGUGGAUGAGUUUCCCAAAUUGGUGAAAGUUUAAAAGAUAAAACCAGCCAUACGAUAUUUGUUAAUAAGUUUUGAAUGAGUGUCCUGGGUGACAUGUUUAUAAACGUUUUAUUGUUACAAAUUUUCGACAGCGAACUGCAAUAUUAAAAAUAAUUGUUAAUGUUGUUGAUAUAAAUAAAAUCUGCUAUGCAGAAUUUUUAAUGCGAAGGGCAGCAUAAUUAGAUGUUCUAAUUAAAUUCCAUCGUUUAAAUGUGAUUUUUAUUCGUCGCAAAUAAACAUUUUCCAUACAU